AUGGUCGAAAAAGUCAUCCAGUUGAAAUGCUCCUGCAACGAGUACCCGUGGGGGAAGCAGGGCAAGGAAUCGCUGGCUGCGAGACUGUGCGAAAAAACACCCGGCACAGACUUCAAGAUCGACGAGAAGACGGCAUAUUCUGAAAUGUGGAUGGGCACAUAUCCAGAGCUCCCGUCAUACGUCCUGUCCACGGGAGAAAACCUCCAAGACGUGCUCGACAAACACCCCGAGGAGCUGAUCGGGAGUAAAGUCGUCGAUGCCUUCGGCCAUACAAACCUCCCCUAUCUGCCCAAGGUGCUAUCAAUAGCAAAAGCGCUGCCUCUCCAACUCCACCCAAACAAAGACCUAGCAGCAAAAUUGCACAAGAAGAACCCAGAUCAAUUCACCGACCCAAACCACAAGCCAGAAAUCGCGCUUGCCCUAGGUGACUUCGAAGCCUUCGUGGGCUUCAAGCCACUCGCAGACAUCAAGCAACUGCUCCAACUCGCGCCCCUGCAAUCCUUCCUCCCACCGGUACAAAAGCCCGAAUUCGACGACCAAACCCUAAAACACGUCGUGCAAUCCAUGCUCGAAGCCUCCGAAGACACCGUCCGCAAAACAAACGACGCGCUCCUCGCCCUCCCAAAAUCCUCCUUCGGCACCGCAACCCACAUCCCAACCCUCAUCCCGCGCCUAUCCGCGCAGUUCGACAAAGCAGACAACGGCACCCUCGUCGCCCUCAUCACAAUGAACUACAUGCAACUCAAAGCCGGCGAUAGCAUAUAUAUCCCCGCUGAUGGCAUCCACGCUUACCUCUCCGGCGAUAUCAUCGAGUGCAUGGCCCGCUCUAAUAACGUGCUCAACACGGGUUUCUGCCCCCGCGCUGACCGCGACUCGGUCGAUAUGUUCGUUAACUGCCUGACGUUCACGCCUCAUGCUGCUGAGGAGGCGCUCCUCCCGUCCCAGCCUUUCGAUCGCAGCAAGAACGGCAAGACGAAGAUGUAUGCCCCCCCGCUCAGCGAGUUCAGCAUGUUGGCUUCUGAGGUCGAGGCCGGUGAGAAGGAGACGAUCGGCAAGCUCGCCGGCCCGAGUGUCAUGAUUGUUACCGAGGGGCAGGGCGCGCUGGAGGUCGAGGGCAAGACGUAUGAGUUGAGCGCGGGGUAUAUUUUCUUCGUCGGACAUGGGGUGGAGAUUGGGAUCAAGGCCACGGAGUCGCUGAAGGCGUUUACGGCUUUUGUUGAGUAG